AUGUCGGACAGGGCCAGGGACCCUCCUCCGGAGCGCACCGACUUCGAAGAGCUGGAGGACGCAGAUGACCUGUUCCCGGAGCCGGCCGCCACAGAGGAGUCAGGACCAGCCAGUCUAACUGCUGAAGACAUCAGCACCAACUCAAAUGGACCCAAACAAGACUCACAGUUUGAUGAGGAUCCUGAAGACCUGUUUGCAGAAGCCACAGAGGAGGUUUCGUUGGACAGUCCAGAGAGAGAUGUCCUGCUAUCUGAUGGUCCAUCCCCUGCCAUCACCCCAAUCACCCCUCCCACUUCCGUCAUCACCCCAUGCCUUGGCCAUGACGACAUGUUCACACACUCCUCCUUCGAUGAGAUCGAAGAGGAAGAGGGCGGUGAUUUGUUUGACAUGCACAUAGCAGUGUCUGACCCUGAGAAAGUCGGUGAUGGGAUGAAUGCGUACAUGGCCUAUAAAGUGACCACUAAGACCCCCAUGUCCAUGUUCAAGCGUGGCGAGUUUUCGGUAAAGCGGCGUUUCAGUGAUUUUUUGGGUCUGCACAGUAAACUUGCCUCCAAAUACCUGCACAUAGGCUACAUCGUUCCCCCUGCACCAGAGAAAAGCAUUGUGGGAAUGACCAAGGUGAAGGUGGGAAAAGAGGAUCAGUCUUCCAAUGAGUUUGUGGAGAAGAGGAGGUCAGCGCUGGAGAGGUAUUUGAUGAGAACAGUGAAGCAUCCCGUGCUGAGGAAGGAUCCGGAUGUAAUGCAGUUUCUGGAGAGCUCAGAUUUGCCACGCGCCGUCAACACUCAAGCUCUGAGCAGUGCCGGCCUCCUGCGAAUGGUCAACAAGGCGGCUGACGCCGUCAAUAAGAUGACCAUCAAGAUGAAUGAGUCGGAUGCAUGGUUCGAGGAGAAGCAGCAGCAUUUUGAGAACCUCGAUGUUCAGCUGAGGAAACUUCACGCCAGCGUUGAGUCCCUGGUCUGUCACAGAAAAGAGCUCUCUGUGAACACGGCACAGUUCGCCAAGUCGGCAGCCAUGUUGGGGAACAGUGAGGACCACACGGCGCUGUCUCGAGCACUGUCCCAGUUGGCGGAGGUAGAAGAGAAGAUUGACCAGCUUCACCAGGACCAGGCCAAUGCAGACUUCUACCUCUUCUCUGAGCUGCUGGGCGACUACGUGCGCCUCAUCACUGCUGUCAAGGGCGUCUUUGACCACCGUAUGAAGACGUGGCAGAAGUGGCAGGACAGUCAGAUGCUGCUGCAGAAGAAACGGGAAGCUGAAGCCAAACUGCAGUUCACCAACAAACCAGACAAACUGCAACAGGCCAAAGACGAGAUCAAAGAGGAGAUUGAGGAGCUGGAUGCGAAGGUGCAGCAAGGAGAGAGAGACUUUGAACAAAUCUCUAAAACCAUCCGUAAAGAAGUCAGCAGGUUUGAGAAAGAGAGAGUGAAGGACUUUAAAACAAUCAUUAUCAAAUACCUGGAAUCUCUGGUUCAGACACAACAACAGAUGAUAAAAUACUGGGAGGCCUUCUUACCUGAGGCCAGGGCCAUCUCAUAGAGUACACAAACACAACAGACAGUCCAAACUACACUACCCACAAUGCACCUGUUCUCCUGGGUUUCCUGCCUCCUGCAGAGUGAAGAAGAGGUGGCUCAAUGUCACAUUUCUGUAAAAACUACAAAACGUUUGGUUUCGUUUGUUUCUGCUGGUCUCUGCUACAUUUAAGACCCAUCAUGAUUCAGCACUUUCAUUUAAAAUGAUCCAGAAUGAUGCAUUCAUAGUCUUAACAUGAACAACAAUAACUUACUCCUCAUACACGGUUUCCUCCUCAGAAUUUUGGAAGAAGCAGUUACAAUUUUCAUAGUCUGAAAAAAAAUGCAAUGAAGGUUAUUUUUUACAAAGGAAGUAAUUUAGUCUUGUGUGACUUGAAUGCAGCACAGGGUCUUAACUUCAGUGAUGGCUUUGUUUUUUACUGCAGCAACCCUGAAUGCCACACUUAGCCCCACCCCUGUUUGCGUCUUCAGCUGUUUAAUGUACACAACAUUAUCCUUUCAUUUAAAAACAUAAACAUGGAAACUCUGGAAACACAGAAAACAAACUUUGAUUGAAAUCAGAAAAUCAGCCUUUUCUUUGUUUGGAAAUUGGUAAAAAAAAAAAAAAGGACUGCUUCCUGUUAGUGUCUCUUACUUCCUGUCCCCUCGCACCUUUCAAAACAAGAGCCUUUGUUUUUGUUGCUGUAUGAUCGCAAGUGAAGGCAACAGUUUUUGUGCUUUUCUUUUUGAGCCAAUGAGAGCAGAAACGGACGAAAGUCACUCUGGUUCAGUUAAUUGCUACUGUUUGACAAACAUUUACAAACCAUGACACCAAGAAAUUUCUUUAAUUUAAUGUUUUUAUUCCACUUCACUGACUUUUUUUUUUUUAACUCUCGUUUCUUCAACCAUGCUAAAAGUAUGAAUCUAAAGACAAGAUGCAAAAGGAAAGUAUUGCCUUGCUAAUAGGGAGCAUUUUCUUAUUUCCACCAAUAAGCAGCCAGUUUCUGUGCUUUCACUUUGUUUUUGUCUAGGCCACUGGGACAGAGUUUUCAGGGAUGAAGGACCUGCUUUAUUCACAUCCAAAACACUGCAGAGAGUAGCAUUAAUCUGUUAAUCACUAUCCCAGAGGAGAAGUAUCUGUGUCUUUACCAGCAUUUUGUCACUGCUGCGUUUCCUCAACCAUCACCGGAUGCCGUCUGUUGUCCCUAUUGAAUGUGUUGUAUAGUACAAACAGUCGAGAGCUGUGAACAGAACCUCAGUCAUUUUCUUUCUAAUGCUCAUGUUUGGUCUAAAGAGGCCACUUUGGUGUUUUGGAAUUUUGGUUUAUUGAAUUUUACAGGAACUGAAGAAAUGGAACAGUUUUUAGGUUUUGACAUUUUGUAAUGCUUAUGAGUGAAAUGAAGUAUUUACUUUCAGAAUGUGUGUGUGUGUGUGUGUGUGUGUGGCUGUCUACAGAGCAGUUCAGACUGAGGAUCAUCUUUACACACAUCAGUGUGACACCAUUUCAUUAUCAUUUCAAUAAAGAUGAUUUUUAAAAAUGGAAAUAUUUAGAUUUUUUUUCUUCUUCUUGUGCCCAUCUCCUUCUCUGUUCAUUAAUGUCAAAAUGAUGUUUGUUGAUCCAUUUUGUAUUUAAUUCCAAGCCUGAUGCUGCACAUUGGUUUUUGUUGAUUUUUUUUUGUUCACAAAUAAAGAUUUACCAAGAUUUGAAGUGAUGUCCCAUGGCAGAGCAAAUGUUUGACUACUUUAAUUAUAAUAAAGGAAUGUAUCUCA